CCUCUGAGACGUGCGAAUUUUCCCCUUUAUUUCUUUUUCACUUGUCAUUCAAAUUUAUGGCGGUCGAAGGAAAUCCGCUUUAGGGAUUUUCCGGUGGCAGUUGGACCGUGGAUCAGCUGAUCAAUCGUUUUCUUGUUGAGUUGCCAUCUUAAAUAAUGAAGUGGAAUCACCAAUCAGGCGGAAGACCAGAGAUGGGGAGUCGGUGAGAGAGAGGGAGAAAGAUUCUUCAAUGGCGAACCCCAGGAGGUCCUCCGUUUCCUUCUCCUCCGAUCCGCCGUCGCCGGCCGUCGCCAUCAACUUGUCGCUGCCGAGCCCUCCUCCCCAACAAUACAACCAGUGGUCCUCGCUCCUUUUCCUCAAGAGGCCCCACGCCUUCCCGUUUCUCCUCCUCUGCUUCCUCCUCCUUACCUGGGUUUCCCUCAAGUUCCACCACCAUUACCACCAGCAGCAGCAAGACUUUGACGACCCACAAGGCCAGCAGCACCAAGAAGGUCGGGUCUACCGGGGCCCGGACGAGCUCGCCAACCUAAAGAGAUACGACCCCUCGCCAUCUUCGAAAGAUUUCACGGACGAUCGCGGGUGGCUGCUCAACCCCAUCGCUGCCGCACAGCGAGCAGGGCUUUCAGGUGGGGCCCAAUCUUGUGUUGCAGCACAUGUGGGUCAGAUCAGGCCAGGUGGUGUAAGGGGGAAUCAUAGGCACCAUACUUGUAAUGAGACCUUCAUCAUUUGGGGUGCUGCAACAACGUUCAGGCUGGAAAAUGCACUUGCUACUGAGAAAGGUUAUGCAGAAGUCACAAUUGGUGCUGAUGAAGUCGCGGUUGCUGCAAGCCCAAGUGGGACAGCUCAUGCACUCAUCAAUGUUGAUCGAGCACGGUCUACCUAUUUUCUCGGUUGUCAGGAUACUAUCAUAAGCUAUAGUAACUCAGAAACAGACUUCAAGAUUUGGAAAGAUCUUUUAGUUAUAUGACUACUUCUCAUCUUUGUUUUUAACUUCCUUCAGUCUAAUCCAGUUGUGCCUGUAAUUCUUUCUUUUGUUCCAUACUUGUCUAACGUGACUGUAGAUGGUGCUUGCUUCUAAGCCGUCUCCUGCUUAAGGGUGUACAACGUGUACAUAUUUCAGAAGAAGCAGUUGAGUUGGGACGCCUGCAAAAUUUUAUGAUGCACCAAGGCUACGUUCCGGUAUCUGUAUCAAGUCACAGAUUUUCAGCUGAAACACUUGCCGCACAAGCUUUUCCCUCAGAGAUGUAAAAGUGCUAAAAGAGCGGGUUCAGUGAACUCUUCUGUCGGUGGAACUCAAGCAUAACUGGAAUGAUCUGCUUUGGGUGUCUGUUUAUCGUAUUCGACUGAGGUGCUGCUUCCAAUUUUAUACCAUUCAGCCAACAAGUUCCUGGACCUGAAUAGUGGAGCUCAAAAUAGAAAUCUGCUGAUUCUCUUACUUGCACUUGAAAACUGAAAAAGGAAAACUGUAGUCAGCUUGUGUGUUAGUGGUACAUGCUUUGAAUAA